UGCACGUUUAGUCUAAAUUUUGCACUGAGUGAAGAGUAUGUGAAUACUGAGACAUCGCAUGACGGGUUUUAUGUGCUAGUGUACUGAUAAUUGAGCAUGAAGGUAAUAACCAGGCUGAUAAAUCUGCCCAAAUCCAUACACAUUUGUUGAACAACAUUCACUUACAUCUCGUCAGAACCAGCUUGGGAGCCCCACCCUGCAUUCGCUGAGAAAAAUGCAAUUUUUGCACAAUAUUCUGAGGAGCCCAGAGGUGCCUCACGCAAGUGAGGGGUCGGUCUGGUUAGCAAAAUUGGAAAACGACAAACUUGAAUUCAACACAGCGGAAUUUGAGAAUUUAAUGAAGAAAGUUGGAGACCGAGAAAUUGCAACCAUUUCAAUCUGUAGGCUCAUACGGACCGGAAAGUCAUACCUUUUGAACUCUUUCAUAAAAUAUCACACCUUCAAAGGCGAGGAGGGAUUUCUAAAACGAAAAUUAGACAAACAAUUCGUCUUUCGCAACACUACUGAAUCAGUAACGAAAGGGAUCCGGGUGUGGCCCGAACCAUUCUUUAUUACCGACGAAAACGGAAAAGAGUUUGCAGUCAUCCUUCUCGACACGCAGGGAAAUUCUGACCAGACUAGCGACGCUUCGGAGGAGUCGAAAUUAUUCGCCUUAAAUGCACUACUCUCGUCCACAAUUAUUUACAACUUCAUGAAGCAAGUUCACGAAAAUGAGUUUCAAUUUUUGGAAAAUUUCAUCCAAUUUUCUAACCUGGCAAACGAGAAGGCUUCCGAACUAGUCUUUUUAAUCAGGGAUUUCGCCUCGCAAGAUUUCAGAUUGGGAAAGCAUGAUCAGAGUCUCCCGAUCAUUGAGAAAGAAAAUUUUUUCAAAAUUCAUAUACUAAUAAUAAAUGCAGCCUGGAUGCAAAGACGAAAACCGCUAUAGCCAACAGCUUCCGAUCGAUGUCAGCUUUUCUUCUACCAAAACCAGGCGACCAGCUGGAAACGUUUGACAACGAUGCCGACAUUGAUCCAGAAUUUGAAAGUUUUAUGACAAUGUUUUGCAAGCAAAUGUUAAACCCGAAGGGAUUUCACAGUUCCCAGUCUGAUAAAAUUGAUCAUGACGGAGAAGGCGAGGGAAGACAAUAAAAUUGCUUUGGGUUCGUAUGUGAAAGGGAUGGAGGAGAAACUUGAUCAAAAUUUAUUAUACAUCGACCCAGAAGAAUUGGAGAAGGCUCACUUAUCGUGUAGGUUGUUGGCAUUUGACUACGUCAAAGGAGCGAGGGAAGGGAUUGCCUCGUACCCUGAAAUAGCUUCAGAAUACGAUAAAAUAUUGGGCUGCGAAAUUGGACAAUAUUACAGAAAUUUUAAAACGAAGAAUGAAUCAAGACGUGUCAGCCACAUACGAUGGGCUAGUUCAGGAGCUUUUGGAUUUCUAUCAGCGGUUCUGUCGUCGGUCUUUCUGAUUCAGUUUGAACUCUCAUUACUGGCGAUUUUGGGAAUUCCAGGCGUGUUCAUAGCUACAGGAUUUCUGAUGUAUUCAUUUUUUCCAUCAAUGUCAGGAGCCUGGUCUGAUUUCAGGACCUUUCUUGCCGGAAUCGCUCAACCCCCGGAGAAGAUUGUCUCCUACGUGACGUACUAUUUGAGACUUCUGAUAGCUAUUCCCAUUCUUGUUGUAUCUUCCGGUAUCUGCAUUUCCCUCUUUGGAACGUCGACCCUUGUCAUUUUGUUAAUUAUUGGCUAUAUUGUUUACAAGUGCAUAAAUAUGGGGUGAUAUGCAAAUUAAUAUAUUUCUUUGUUAGUUUUCCCUGAUUUCGACUAAAAAAGUCUAAUUGGAGUUAUGAAAUUGUAAAAUUAUAAAUUUCAAAUGUAUAAUAGAACUAUUCUAAAGUGAAAAUUAUUAUUUGAAUAAAUUUAGAAAUAUUCUACACAGAA